ACUUCAUACUUACCGUUCGCUCAAAACCCUAAUCUUUUUUCGACGAGUAGGGUUUUGCAGAGCCUCCAUUGUAUUCUCCGUUUCCAUUGCAAUUUUUCUCAAGAAUUCUUCCAAAGCUCAGUAAGUUUUUGGUCUAUUUCUCCAAUGGGCAAGUCCAGCAAGAAGUCUGCUACUAAAGUUGAUGUAGCUCCGGCUGCAGUCCCGUCUUCUAAGCCUGCGAAGAAAGGCAAGAGAGCGGCUGAGGAGGUUGUUGAGAAAGAAGUGGUAGCGAAGAAGCAGAAGAGAGACGAGGGCGUUGAGCAGGCAGUUCAGAAACAGAAGGUUGAAGCAAAAACGCAAAAGAAGAAGAAGGUGGAGACCAGUAGUUCCGAGGAAGAUUCCUCUUCGGAAGAAGAGACGGAACCUGCUUCUAAAGUUAUUCCCUCUUCAAAGAAAGACACUUUGCCCUCUAAAAAGGCUAACGGCGUUAUUGCCCCUGCAAAGAAGAAGCCUGCUAGCAGCAGCAGCAGCAGCUCAGAGGAUGAUUCCUCAGAUUCUGAUGAGGUGCCUGCUUCUAAGGCUGCCACAACAUUGAAGAAGGGGCCAAGUGCUGCAAAAAGUAGUACAGUUGCUAUCCCUGCCAAAAAGAGCAAGGCAUCCAGUAGUUCUGAGGAAGACUCUUCUGAAGAUGAUUCCGAUUCUGAUGAUGAACCAAAGGGAAAAGUUAUUGCAGCAAAAAAGAGUGUCCCCGCCACUACCCCCAAAGGUAAAGUGGAGUCAAGUAGCUCGGACUCAGAUGACAGUUCAGAGGAGGAAGAUAAUGCUGCCAAGAAUUCUUCUGCUGCUACAACUGUUAAGAAAGAUACUGCUGCUGUUUCUAAGAAGAAGGCCGCAUCAAGCGAUAAUUCUGAUUCAGAUUCUUCAGAAGAGGAUGACAGCUCUUCAGAUGAAGAGCCUAAAAAUAAGGAAUCCAAAAAAAGCAAUGAACUGAAGAAACUGCCUUCAUCUGCUAAAAACGGUGCUGCAGCUCCUACAAAAGAUGAAUCGAGUGAUGAGUCUGAUUCAGAGAGUUCAGAUUCUGAUGAAGAUGUUCCUGCAGCGAAAUCUGCUUCCAAAGCACCCGUUAGUGCUAAAAAGAAAGAGUCUAGCGAUAGUUCCGAAGAAAGUGAUUCUGAUGAGGAAGACAGCGAUUCUGACAAGGAAGUGGCUGCAAAAAAGCCUGCAGCUGUUCCUGCUAAAGCUCAGCCUGCCAAGAAGGUAGAAGAGAGCUCAGACAGCAGUUCUGAGGAAGAGGACGAGGACAAUACUCAAAAGAAAUCUGCUGUUCCUUCUGAGAAGAAAGAUUCUAAGAAGCAAGAAAAGAUGGAUGUGGAUAGUGACGAGAGUGAGGAUGAAGAAGACAGCGAUGACAGUUCCAGCGAAAGUGACGAGGAGGAGACAAAACCACAAAAGAAGAAAGUGGAUACUGAUGUAGAAAUGGUAGAUGCCACGUCACCCAAAACAGUUGCCAAGCAAUCAAAGAAAGAAGCACCUAAAACUCCUAUUACUCCUAAAGAUCAGAGUGGUGAAUCAAAGACACUAUUUGUUGGCAAUCUGUCAUUUCAAAUUGAACAGGCUGAUGUGGAAAAUUUCUUUAAAAAUGUUGGAAAACCUGUUGAUAUCCGUUUUGCUUCCGACCAUGAUGGGAGGUUCAAGGGCUUUGGACACGUUGAGUUUGAGUCACAUGAAGUUGCCAAAAAAGCUCUUGAAUUGAACGGUGAACUCCUCUUGAAUCGCGAAGUAAGACUUGACUUGGCUAGAGAAAAAGGUUCAUACACCCCUUAUGACAGCAAAGAGAGGAACAACUCAUUCCAGAAAGGUGGAAGGGGCUCAAGUCAAACAAUUUUUGUACGUGGAUUUGAUAAAUCAUUAGGGGAGGAUGAGAUUAGAAGUGCCCUACAAGAGCAUUUUGCUUCUUGUGGAGACAUUACCAGGGUGUCAAUUCCAAAAGACUACGAGACUGGCAACGUUAAAGGGAUGGCAUACAUGGACUUCAGUGAUGCGGAAAGCUUCAACAGAGCUCUUGAACUCAAUGGCAGUGAACUCCAUGGCCAGUACCUAACUGUCGACGAGGCUAAGCCACGUGGAGACAGUGCCGGUGGUAGUGGAAGAGGUGGUGGAUGGAGUGGUGGAAGAGGCGGUGGUGACGGUAGAAGUGGUGGGCGAUUUGGAAGUGGUGGACGAUUUGGUGGCAGAGGAGGACGUGGUGGUGAUCGUGGUGGCAGAGGUGGGAGAGGAGGACGUGGAAAUUUUAACAAACCAAGCAUGACUCCAUCUGGAAAGAAAACCACAUUUGGUGAUGAUGAAUAAAAGAGAGGACCAAAUUAAUGGUGUGUUUCCCCAGCAAACUCAAAAAAUGGGAUCUAUCGGUGUCUCAUGUAGAAAGGGAAAAAAUGUAAAAGCAAAUGGGGAAAUCAAAGUUUUGGCAGUGGGAGAAAAAGACAUGUUAGUAUUAGUAGUAGCUGAGUGUGAUUGCUUCUUUUUAUGAAAACUCUUUAAUUUUUAUUGUUCUUUAAUAUUUUUUUCCCUAAAGUUAAAAUGGUUACUGACAACUUGAUAUAUUUAGCAUUAAUACAA